AUGCAAGGCGUAAUAUCUAUGACUAAAUCGUUGGUGGUGUUGAUUGCUUUCUUGGCAGUUUUGACGAUAUUGUCACGGACUUGUAUACCCUGGUUUCUAAAACUAAUGAUAAGUUUGUCAUCCCAGACUAAUGAGCUUUAUCAAUUGGCUUCAGUGGCAUUUUGCCUACUCGUAGCCUGGUGUAGUGACAAGCUUGGUCUAAGUUUAGAGUUGGGUUCUUUUGCUGCUGGAGUUAUGAUAGCAACGACUGAUCUUGCUCAACACACUCUCGAACAAGUUGAACCUAUUUGGAACAUGUUUGCAGCUCUCAUUUUGGCUAGCAUUGGGAUGCUAAUCCAUGUUCAUUUUCUGUGGAACCAUGUUGAUAUCUUGUUUGCAUCAGUUAUAUUAGUGGUCGUUGUUAAGACUCUAGUAAUUUCUGGAGUUGUCAAGGGAUUCGGCUACAACAAUAAAACCGCAGUUCUUGUUGGGAUGUCUUUGGCACAAAUAGGCGAAUUUGCCUUUGUACUGCUUAGUCGUGCCUCAAAUCUUCAUAUCUUCAUCUUGUUGAGGGGAAAGUGUACUGCUGCUUCUUGGAACGACAGCUCUCAGUCUGGUAACCACCCCAUUGCUUUUCAAGUUAAUACCAGCAGUUAUGCACCUUGGCAUAUUGUUACGCUGGUUCUCACCUGA